GGCUUUGAGCGGCGCUAGACCUGGGCGCGGGAGGAUCUCUGAGGCGGUGAGAAAUUUCAUUUUAACUUUUUAUGGGAGCUGCUUAACCCUCUGACCGAGGUGUCCCUGCCUGUGUGGCCUUAAGAAGGAUGCAGACGAUAAAGUGCGUCGUUGUUGGCGAUGGGGCAGUGGGAAAAACGUGCCUUCUCAUCUCGUACACCACCAAUGCCUUCCCUGAGGAGUACAUCCCCACCGUGUUUGACAACUACAGCGCCCAGAUGAGUGUUGACGGACGCACAGUCAGCCUGAACCUGUGGGACACGGCAGGUCAAGAGGAGUAUGACCGUCUGCGCACACUCUCCUACCCCCAGACCAAUGUUUUUAUUAUCUGCUUUUCCAUCGGCAGUCCGUCGUCGUAUGCCAACGUGCGGCACAAGUGGUUCCCUGAGGUCUCUCAUCACUGCCCCAGUGUGCCUGUGUUGCUUGUGGGAACCAAACGUGAUCUGCGCAACGAUGCAGAGACCGUUAAGAAGUUAAAGGAGCAAAACCUGGCACCCACAACACAGCAGCAGGGCACCGCGCUGGCUAAGCAGAUCAAUGCCGUGAAGUAUAUGGAGUGCUCAGCUCUACUACAAGAAGGCGUCAGGGAAGUUUUUGCUCAGGCUGUGCGUGCCGUUCUCUAUCCUGUCACCAAAAAGAAUUCCAAAAAAUGCGUCCUCUUGUAGUUUGGCCUAGGAGACUGAUGGAAAUGGACUUGGAGAGCUCAGAGGACAAACGGAUGAUUCUCUUAUUGAUGGCCAUCUCUCUUUCCUCACUCGUGUUUUUAACCACUUUAGAUAUUGUUUUUGCCUUUUUUUUUUUUUUUUUUUUUUCCCCCGCCCAUACAGUCACCAAAGUAUGCACUCUUUACUAGAACUGAAGAAACUUCUAUUGAUUUCAAAACCACUUUCCCUUUUGGCCUCCUUUGUCUCCUAGGAACGAUGUGGUUGUCAAGAUCGCUCGCACUUACCUCAUGGUUAUAAAUGGAAUUUCAAUGUCCAUGGCAAUAUAUGAACAUUAAUAACAAAUCAAAGCAGUACAGAAAAAAUGAUACUUAACAGUCUGACCUGUCACCCAGUGGUGAAGGAAGGUGGCAUUGUUUACUCAAGCAGUGUCUGAGAGAAGCUGCUCUUUCUCACUGCCUGGUGUUUGUAAUCUGUUUUUUUUAUUGUUCUUUUUGUGCCUAACAGGUUAGCUCAUAUCAUUACCUGAUACAAAACAGUGAGGAGAACAAUAUGAAAUAUUUAUACACAUACAGAAACCUUAACAACUGAGAAUGAACAGCUUGUCUGCAAAAAAAACCCCUCUUAAGAUAUACAUUAUAUUUUACUAUUACCCAAGAUGUCAUUAUUAUAAUAAUAAUUAUUAUUAAUAUUACAAUUCUUUUAUUCGCUUCUGUUAAAUGAGAUAUUUGGUAUGCCAUUAUACUGACAUUUUUAUGCCUUAUACAAAAGCUUAAACCAUUUUGGGCUGAAUUAAAAGCCUGCUACAUAAUACAGUGGCUACAGUAUAACAGUAUAAGGUUUUUACAAGUCUUGUCUUGACUGUAUGUAACAACUGUAAGUGCUAUCAGAUCUUUGUAUGCCUGAAGCCCAGACUUCCUUGUUGUCUUCUUUUCUUCAGAUUUCCUAAAUGCCUUACUGACUCUUUCGCAUCUAGUGGUGCCUCACCAGUUGAAUUCCAAGUGCCUGAUUUGUUUGUGGAUUUGAUUGGAAUUAAACAAAAUUGAUUGAAAGUGUUCGUUCAAUUUAGGAACCAACUCAUUAAGUCCUGUGAACAAGUAAGCCCGCAUUUCAGUACUGCCUGAGCAAACUGAGCUAUUAAAGUAAAUAGAGCAUUUGUCCUCUCUAGGCGAAGGUUUAGUGCCAGGCGUGUGUGGCUGCUCCAUUCUUAACCCUCAGUGAUUCAUUCUUAAUCACUGCGUUUCACAGCAUUUUACCAUGAGUCAGUGCUUAGCCCUGGCAGGUAUUGAUGAGAGCAUGUUUUUCCUCAGGCAUUAGUUCUGUGCGGCAAAAUCCCUUUAUGCAUGAUUAUGUGGAGUCGAUAUCAAUGUCUCGGAAUACUUAAUAUCUCUAAAACAUUAAGCAACUAUAGCUUUUAGGUUUCUUUGUGAAACAUUAAGUAUUUUAAAGAGCCUUAUAAUUAUUUUACCAGAACUAAAAACCUUAAGUUCUGGGUGCAAGUGGUUCUAGGACCCGGAAUUAUGUAUGCAUGCUUCAAAGGGAGUGGCUUGCCAUAAGCAAGACAAAAAAAAACAA